AUUGUUCCUCUGGAGCACAAGGAGCUAGUGCAGGAUCACAGCACCACAAGAGCUCUUGGAAGGACCCGUGGAGCACUAUCUCAUUGCUGGUGUCCUGCCAAAAGGCAGAGGCACUGCUGAGUGUAUUGGGAUAUAGUGGGAAAAAGGGUGUAAUAAGGGGACAUAGCAGGGAGGGCAGCACCAUCCUCGAACAGGAUUUCAAAAGGCCUGUCACAAACCCACCCACAUCCUGAGGUGGAAAGAAAAGCUGUGCUGCUGUGGGGGCCCUCCUCUCUGUGGACCCACAGUUUUCCCAACAGCCCGUCCCUCUGGCAGGUCUGCCUGGGUGUCUGUGUUUUCCCAGCUCAGCCUCAGAAUAUCCCCUGUGAAAAGGGGAUACCACUGAAAUGGAUUCUGACCUGCUGAACCUCCCAAUUGGGGUCAAGAUCCCUGUGAAGCCUGGAACCAAGCCUGUCUUCUGCAGGGGAAAGGUGGGGGAAAAGCUUCACCAGCCAUUUCCUUAUUUCACCCUGGAUGAUCCCUACAGCCACCACCUCACUAUAGACUACAACUGCCUGCAUGACCCCCACCUGCGGGACUACCAUAAACGUAAGGAUGUCCUGAAGUUGCUGAGGAGACGGGGCUUUGUCACCAGUGAUGACAAGGAAUGUGUUCAGCCACCCCCGGCCAAAUUAAAGCAUGGCACCCAGCUGCCGGGAGCCACCAAGGCUUCCCGCCCGGGAAAGCGGUGGAUGCAGACUCACAAACCUUAUUGCCCACCUCCGCCCAAGAGAAGAGAAACCACACGGAAAUUGCAACAAUCCAAAACAGUGAAAGCAGCUUUGGACGAGGACCAAACCUACACUACAGCUGAUCUGGGCCAGGAAGAUGCCACACUGCCUGGGAGUGUCAGCACUGGUGCUGACUCCCAGGGGAAGCCAGACAUUGCUGCUGACGGACAGGUCAAAGCUGUGUCUGAACAACUAACUGCAGCAGAAGCUCAGAAGCUCAAAGAGCUGGUUGAGGCUGUUGUGCUCAGAGUUUUUGGGAAGCUGAAGGUUCCUCAGGAUAAGCGUGUCGACUUUUUAAAGAACGCUGCCCAGGGGAUCAGAGGAACAUCUUCCGGCAUGAGAGCACAGCCUUCGGAGACACCUCAAGAUCACUGUCAGGAAAUGGAAACGGUGGCCCAAGAGCUUGUAGCGACUGUGUUGGAGAUGUUGGGGGACCAUCUGGAAUCCCAAGCUUCUGAUCAAGGAGCAGCAGCCAGUCUGGAGGAGCAGCCUGUUGAUGGAGGAGCCACCCAAGCAGACAAAUCUGAGGAAACUGAAACAGCCACUUCACACAGAGCAUGUUUAGAGGCUUGCCUUGACAAACUCACCGGACUUGUUGUUAAAAAUGUUCGCAACCUCUUGAAAUCCAUGGUAGCUUCUCAGUUUGGACGAGACUCUAGCGGUGAACACACUGAAAUCCUGGAGCUUCCCAAAGGACAGACCUCCAACAUUCAGCCAGAGCCAUCACAGACACUUCCGUCAAAGCAGGGUAUGGAAGCAAGACGAGGAUUCCCCAGAGCAUCUGAACGGCAGAGGCUGGAAGCAAGCAAGGGAACAAAGUUGCCCCCCUUACAACCAAAGCGCCGUGCAGAAAGGACUGGCUAUGCCAAAACCUUGGAGCCUGAGGUUCUUGCAACGGUGAAGGAGAGCUUGGAGAAUGAAGAGGAUGCAACAACAUCAGGCAACACUUUGGAUAUAAGGACCAUGGCAAAACAGAUCAUUCAGUCUGCAAUACAGCGGAUUUGUCAAUGUGGGCCUGCACCGACCCCUGAAGAGGAUUUCAAAGGGACCACAGCAUCCCAAGGCAGAAAGGAGAGCAGUGCUGCUGAGGACACCCUCCCCUCUGUGGGCCGACGGAUUUCCCGCCAGCCCGUCCCUCCGGCGGGGCCGAAGCCCCCUGCCCGGGCUGGAGCACGACGCAGAGCUGUGCGCCCAAAGCCCGUCUGAGGAGGGCGAGGUGUGUGGCAGGAGAGGUGAAGAGCCCCUGGACAGCAAACACAGACCCACACCCUUGUU